AUGAAAUAAAAUAAUUACAAACCUUCUUAAGUCGAUCUUUCUAGUAUUGCUGAAUAAUCAAACACAUAAUCAGAUGUAGAAUUAGAAUAAAUAGACAUGGCAAAAAUGAAUUGUUAUGAGUAUUAUACAGCUUUGGAUCCUUAAUCAACCCAAGUCUUCUAAAUUGAAGGUGAGUAUCAUAUUAAAGAAAUGUUUAAUCGCUUGAUAAAAAAAGUUAUUGACAAAGCAUAAGAAAAUGAAAUCUUAAGAAAGUUACCUACUGUUUCUGCAUCCAAUUCAUUAAAUCUUUUAGUAAUGCCUUUGGCUCAAGCAUUCUAUAAACCUGAAAAUCCCAUAAGAGACAUUCAAAGUGGUGGGUUAGGCGAAGACUUCGAACCUGUACACAAUUUAAUUAAUUUAAGUUACACAUUUAACAGGAAUAAUGGUUGACAUCUAAAAUUAACAUGGAAAUCAAACCAGAAAAUAGGCCUAAUACUUGUUAGACAUCAAGUCCAAUGACAUUUGCAAGAUCUAAAGUGUUUGUAAUUCAAUUAAUAAAUUUUAGGAUUAAUAACCAAUUAAAGAAAAGAAAUAGUUAGAUCCUAUGCCUAUAGAUUUAGUUGAUCCAUUAGAUAUUAGUAUAACAGAAGAGUAAUUGAGAAAUGAAAAGGAAAGAUAAACAAAAGAGAAAUUAGAAUUAAAUGAGGCAGAAAAAAGAAGAAAACUUAAAGAAGAAAAAGAAGAAUAAUUAAAAUAUGAAUUGAUGGCCAAAGAUAAGAAAUCCAAGUAAUAUACUUAUGAUUAUGAUGGAAAAUUGAUAUCUGUUAACACUGCAAAAGGAACAAAAUUACCUCCUCCAGCAUCAACUUUGGCGUACAAUUCAAUAUUUUUUAAGAUCUAAAUUUGAAGAAGAUCAAUCUACAAAAAUAAAUCCAAAAAAGAAAUAUAAUAAAGUUUCUUGGAAUAAUAAGAAAACUGAUGAUGAGAAGGAUAAGGAAAAAGAUACAUUCAAGUUCAAUCAAAUAGCUCCUUUAGUUGUAGAGAAUAUGAAUUUAUAACCAGGAAUUGUAGUCAUUCAUGAAGGUAGAAUCAAAGAGGGCACCAGACCAAAUACAGUUGAUUUACAAAAUAUGAAUAAUCCAGCACUAAGAAUGGCAAGAAAUGAAUAUCUUAGUCUUACUCAAUAAAUGAAUUCAACAAUUAACAAUAAUAUCUAAGUUCAUGCAGAAGAUAAGCCAAUAAAAGAGAUUGAUAAAGGCAAAGGAUUCAAUUAUGAUAGAUUCAAAAGACUUACUCAGUAAUCAAACAAUUAAUUAGGAGUUAUAAAGUAAUAUUAAUUAUUGAAUAAAUAGAAUAAACUCUACUAAAAUAUUUGAAUAAUUGGCACAAGCCUUUUUUGAAGAACCUGAAGAAUUACCAAAAAUUAUUAAUUAAUAAACAUCAAAGAGCUCUUAAGAAAACACAUUAAAAGGAGUUAAAAGUCCUGUUGAUUAAUUUAACUUAUCCUUAUAUAAAAAUAAUGUUGUAGGCAAAGAUUAAUAAAAUGAAAUUGGAAUAAAUUAUGAAAAAUUAAAAACUCUUAAAGCCAAUUCAAGGUAUUAAUAUAAUCAUUUUAGAGAUUUGAAAUCCUCUAUAGGUUCAAGAUCCAAUAGGCCUAGAGAAAGAAAAAUGUUAUCAGAAUAAAGUACAUUACCUACUGUAAGAAGCCAAAAAAACUUUAAAUUAUGA